AUGAACAUCAAUCUGCUGAUCAGAGGUCAGACUCUGCUGGAGGAGAACAUCAGCAGAUUUGUGAAGAACGAAUUGAAGAAGAUGCAGAAGGCUGUGAGUCCUGAUUUCCCAGAAUGCUUAGAGAGUCAGAGUGAGGAUGAGGAGGUGUUGGAUGGUGAGGAGGAAGAGCAGAGGAGGAGCAGCAGAGAGGCAUUUCUGAAGAUCACACUGCACUUCCUGAGGAGAAUGAAGCAGGAUGAGCUGGCUGACCGUCUGCAGAGGAGAACUCGUGCUGGCAGGUGUCAACGUAAACUCAAGUCUAACCUGCAGAAGAAGUUCCAGUGUCUGUUUGAGGGGAUUGCUAAAGCAGGAAACCCAACCCUUCUGAAUCAGAUCUACACACCGCUCUACAUCACAGAGAGAGGGACUGCAGAGGUCAAUGAUGAACAUGAGGUCAGACAGAUUGAAACAGCAUCCAGGAAACCAGACAGACCAGAAACAACAAUCAGACAAGAAAACAUCUUUAAAGCCUCACCUGGAAGAGAUGAACCAAUCAGAACAGUGCUGACAAAGGGAGUGGCUGGCAUUGGGAAAACAGUCUUAACACAGAAGUUCACUCUGGACUGGGCUGAAGACAAAGCCAACCAGGACAUACACUUCACAUUUCCAUUCACUUUCAGAGAGCUGAAUGUGGUGAAAGAGAAAAAGUACAACUUGGUGGAACUUGUUCAUCACUUCUUUACUGAAACCAAAGAAACAGGAAUCUGCAGGUUUGAAGAGUUCCAGGUUGUGUUCAUCUUUGAUGGUCUGGAUGAAUGUCGACUUCCUCUGGACUUCCAGAACAAUGAGAUCCUGACUGAUGUUACAGAGUCCACCUCAGUGGAUGUACUGCUGACAAACCUCAUCAGGGGGAAGCUGCUUCCCUCUGCUCGCCUCUGGAUAACCACACGACCUGCAGCAGCCAAUCAGAUCCCUCCUGAGUGUGUCGGCAUGGUGACAGAGGUCAGAGGAUUCACUGACCCACAGAAGGAGGAAUACUUCAGGAAGAGAUUCAGAGAUGAGGAGCAGGCCAGCACCAUCAUCUCCCACAUGAAGACAUCACAAAGCCUCUACAUCAUGUGCCACAUCCCAGUCUUCUGCUGGAUCACUGCUACAGUUCUGGAGGAUGUGUUGAAAAGCAGAGAGGGAGGAGAGCUGCCCAAGACCCUGACUGAGAUGUACAUCCACUUCCUGGUGGUUCAGUCCAAACUGAAGAACAUCAAGUAUGAUGGAAGAGCCGAGACUCUGAAAGCGCUGGACCUGAGUGAGAACAACCUGCAGGAUUCAGGGGUGAAGCUGAUGUCUGCUGGAUUGGAGAGUCCACGUUGUACACUGGAAAGACUCAGUCUGAGAGAGCUGGACCUUAGUGACAACGGCCUGCAGGAUUCAGGGGUGACGCUGCUGUCUGCUGGAUUGGAGAGUCCACAUUUCUGUCAGGAUGUCUGA